AUUCAUCGUUCGAUCAUGAUUUGGAUUAAGCAUAUUAUUUUUGGUUUAAUUUCAACCAUAUUUUUCAAUAAUAUUUAUUGUAAUAAUAAUUUGAAAAAAGAAAUUGCCUAUGAUGGAUAUAAAGUAUUUCGUGUUCGUGCCGAAAAUAUUGAUCAAUUAUUAUAUCUACGACAAUUAUCGGAUGAUGUACAAAAAGUGGAUUUAAAAAUUGAUUUUUGGUCAAUGCCAAAUUCAUUAAAUUCAUCAAUCGAUUUGAUGGUUCCACCUGAAUUGGGAAAUGAUUUUCAAACCAUUUUAGCCAAACAAAAUAUUAAAGCUGAAACAUUGAUUAAUGAUGUUGGAAGAAUGGUUGAAAUGCAACGAGAUAAUGUUGAAGAUUCAUUAUUUUAUUCACGAUUUCCUAACGAUACAAUAUUUUUUCAACGUUAUCAACCAUUGUCAAAUAUAAUUUCGUUUCUCGAUGAUUUGGUACGUUCGAAUCAGGAUAUCAGUUCAUUAGAGACCAUUGGAAAAUCGGGUGAAGGACGUGCACUUAAAAUAAUCAAAAUUGGCUAUCCAGGACAAAAUAAGCCAAUUAUUUGGAUCGAUGCUGGAAUUCAUGCACGUGAAUGGAUUGCACCAGCCACAGCUACGUACAUCAUUAGCAAACUAAUAUGGGAAAAAGAUGAAGAUGAAAUAUCACAAAUACUUAAAACAUUUGAUUUUCAUAUCUUACCAUCCGCAAAUCCUGAUGGUUAUGAAUAUUCAAGACUUUUUGAUCGAUUUUGGCGUAAAACUAGAUCCAGAAAUUCUGGAACAUUCUUAGGUUUUAAUAAUAGUUUCUUCUGUGUUGGAGUUGAUCCAAACAGAAACUACGGAUAUCAAUGGAGUCGAACAGGUAGCAGUGGUAAUCCAUGUUCCAAUACAUAUCAUGGACCUCGUCCAUUUUCUGAACCGGAAACAGCUUCCAUUGCAAGUCACGUAAUGCAAAACAAAAACAAUAUCAAGCUUUUCUUAUCAUUACAUUCGUAUUCACAAUUAAUACUUACACCAUGGGGCUGGACCAAAGAUUUACCAAAAGAUCAUUCAGAUAUGAUGAAAAUAGCCGAAAUAGCAUCGAGAGCAUUUAAAAUGCGUUACGGAACCGAAUAUCGUUAUGGAAGCAGUACAGCAUUACUUUAUUCUGCUGCAGGCGGUUCAGAUGAUUGGGCUUACGGUGCCGCCGGAAUCAAAUACAGUUUCACAGUGGAAUUACGUGAUCGUGGAACUUAUGGAUUUCUGUUGCCUGCUCGUUAUAUACAACCAACGGGUGAAGAAACAUUCGAUGCCAUUGUAGCUAUGCUAAACGAGAUUAAAAAAGAAAUUUAAAUAUUUUUUUUAGAUUAAAAUAUCAUUACCACGUGA